AUGGUAAAUAGUCUUCAUCUACACCUGCGACCUGCUCGUCGCUCCCAAAAAAUCGUUUCAAAACCACGGAAUAAACCGUGUAACUGGGGAAAACCCAUUGUAAUUAUCAAGUUUAAAGUGUGCCGCACAUUUUGGCUUCAAAACCAGAAUAGGUUGGCAUUUAAAUAGUGCAUUGCAUUUUGAAAAAUUGCCAAAGUAAUUAGUGAGAUACUACAAGAUAAAGUCGGGCCUGGGCGCCCAUCUAGAGAGGGAGAGGAAGAAGUAGCUAUAAUCCCAGACCACAGCGGGACUGCCCGCCAUAGAUACAAUGACAGAGAAUCAGCUGUAUCCCAUGUCAUCGGAGUUCUUUGACACCGGCUCGAACAGCAGCAGCAACACACUUAAAUACGAUCUGUAUUCCCUGGGCUCCACCGUUGUGGGGGCGGCGCUGCCCACGUUGACGAUCAACACGGGCUACGGCAGCAGCAGCAGCAACAAUAACAACACUAAUAACAACAAUAACAACAGCAGUAGUCACAGCAGCAGCAGCAACUGCUCCACCAGCACCACAAAUACCUGUAAUGUAAUGCUAAGUACAACGGCCAUAACAAUACCACGCAGCAGCAACCACAACCAGAUCCAUCAUCAUCCGUAUCAGCAGUCCGAUUUGCAGACACCGCGCCAUCAUCCCAGUCCUCUACACACGUUGCCCAGCAUGACCCAUCAGCAAAAUCAGCUUCAGCAGCAGCAGCAGCAGCAACACCACAACCAACAGCAGCAGCUGCAGCAAUCGCAUUUGGCACUGGGAGAGCUUUCAGACUUUGGACUAGAUGCACUGGAUGCCGCUUCGCUAUCGCCCACUCUGCUGCAGGAUGUGAGCCUGAGUGCUGUUUCUCCUCUAAGCACCACACUCUACAAUGGCAACACCAGUGGAGCAGGCAGCAGCAACGGAAUAGGAUCCGGCAGUGGUGGCUACUUCACGCCCGACAUGUCGCACAGCCUCAGCCUGAAUGUGGUCAGUGAGCAGGUUCUGCUGCAGGAAGCCACAACCCCGAAUGAGUUGCUCUACGAGAUGACACCCAACUCGAAUGCCAUGUGGAGUGAUAUCAGCAGUGCCAUUAUCCAUACCAAACACGAGCCAUUCAGUCUGGACGAUGACUAUAUCUUUCCCAACGAUAAGGCCGAAAUACAGGCAGCCGAUUUGUCUGACCUUAAUGGCGGCGAUUUUCUGGAUGUGAUCGGAAAUAUAGAGGAUUUCUUGCCGCAGACCGCAGUCACUCAAAGUGUCAAUUUCCUACUGUCGCCGCAAGCUCAAGGACAGGAUGCCCUGGUGGCACCGCCCAUGGAACUUUUGCAACAGCAACAACAGAAUCACCAGCAGCUGCAGGUCGGCAGCCUGCCGCAGUUGCAAACGCUGCUCACGCUUUCCCAGCAGCAGCAGUCGAACAGUUCCUCCACUAGUCCGUAUGAGAUCUAUCACAGUACGCCCCAAAAGCCGCAGCAGCAACAGCUGUCCGCCAGCUUCUCGCCCGGCAGUCAGGCAUCCCAAUCGCCAUUGACCCCACCGCCGCCACCGCACGCCAAUCGACCCCAGUACCAGAUGGUUAAGUCGCGCAACAUGCAGGAAUUGAUCAAGAAGGGCUUUCCCAUGUCCUCGCCGCCAGAACGCUCGAUCCUAAGUCAGUCCGCCGCCUUGAGUCCGGGUGGUAGCAGUGGUUUUGGCAGCUCGGCUUCUGGCAACAGUACAACUACCAGUAAUCAGACAUCCGGAUCAGCCGUGCGCAAAUCGUUUGGCUACCAGAGCGCCGUUGAGAACUCCCAGCUGAGUCGCCUCAGCUCGUCGGCUCCGACGCACUUGGGAUUGGAGCACAUCUGGAUGCGGCGGGAGCCACGACAGCAUUUACUCUCCACCGGCUCGCUGGCCGAGGCCGAGAGCUUCUCUUCACUGAGCACGGGCAGUGUCUUGUCCCCGGAUGGCAUUGACUUCUCGCAGGACGAUGAGGAUGACAAUUCGAGUGAGAAUAGCGAUAACUACGACGAUUGUAGCAGCGACAAUGGACUCUCUGAGGAUGAAGAUGAAACGCGUACCUCGACACCAAACCAUUUGUCCAGUAGCAAGGGCAAAGAGCGAUUUUUCUGGCAGUACAAUGUUCAGGCCAAAGGACCCAAGGGAAAGAGACUGGUCUUUCAAUCGAAGCUCGAGGAUCCUCAUGUGCUGAACGAGGUGACAGACCCCGUCUUCAGUCCAACGUGCUCCGUGCGAGGCAUUAAGGUGUACAAGCACAGUGGCAAGGCCCGCAAGGGCGAUGGUAACGAUUUAACUCCCAAUGCCAGGAAGCUGCACAAUAUUGGCAAGGAACUGGACAAGCUAAGCCGCACCAUCAAUGACAUGACUCCUGUUUCCGAGCUGCCAUUCAAUGUGCGCCCCAAGUCGCGCAAGGAGAAGAACAAGCUGGCCUCACGCGCCUGUCGCCUGAAGAAGAAGGCGCAGCACGAGGCCAACAAAAUUAAGUUGUUCGGCCUUGAAAUUGAACACAGUGAGUUCAAUGUGAAAGCUGUGGAAAUAUCUUAUAAUCCUUCAAUUUUCGUUUUAUAGAGCGCCUCAUGAAUGGUAUAGCCGAGCUAAAGCAGGCCUUGGUCGUCAAGCAUCGCACCAAGAACCUGGGCGAAUCCACCGAGGAGGUGGACCAACAAAUUGCACGCAUUUACGCUACCGCCUCUUCUGGAAUCCGCAUUGCGGGUGGUUCAACGGAUUUUGUGAACAAGGUGCUGGAGAAUAUGCGCGGCGGCAUGCCGAAUGGAGGCCUCGAGGAGCUGCGUAAAUCGUCGUAGACCAAACGAGGACAGAAAUGUAAAGCUAACGAACCGCCCAUCAAGCCAACUUUUUAUCCACACCACCAACAACUGAAACCAAUUCUACGACAGGAUGACAAUUUGAUUUUGGAAUGGAAUCAGUCGAAAAACAGGAAACAUUUUCUUGAGCUCGCAAUUAGUCGAGAAAAUUCUCUAUUGAACCUCCUUCCCUCCUCAAAAACACAACGUUCUGUUAAAUUGUUCUACAUAAGUGAUAUAAUAUUGAUAACCAAGAUAUAACUGUGAUUCAAAGAGCCUGGGCUUUAUAUGUUUUGUAUGGCAGAAAAUUGAAGAAAAUAUUUUUGACUUUUUCGCGACCACGCCGAAACCGGAAAGCCAGAGCCAAACAAACGUAAACAAAAGAAAAACAAAAUUCCUUUUGAAAAUGCAACAUUAACAAAUAGAAAGAAACAAAACAAAACAAACACGUAAAGAAAGAGGCCACUACAAAACUGAAAAGAAAAUGUGAAAAAUACAAAAUUUCGUUUAGCCAUUAAGAUUGUUAAGAAUCAGAGUGUUAGAUGUAGAUGAGCAAGUGAAUUUUGUAGGGCUUUGCUACCAGUUUUACCUGCUUAAUGAAUAAGGGUAAAACAUUCAUAUGAUUGGAUUGGAAGAAUAUAUCGGGAAUGCUAAAAAUUAUUGGAGUAUAAGUUAAAUACAACUGCGAUUUAUCUGUUUAAGUUUUAAAUGCUAUAUUAACGAUGUAUAACUUUGGUUCAAUGUUUUAGUCAUAGGUUUUUACAUUUAACUCAAUGUGGGGAGAGAGCUUUUAAAUAGAUCAUACGAACCUACAUAUUACAUUUAUCGGUUAUUAUAAUUGUUUUGGCCCUCUCAUCCAAUAUAUACAUAUUUUAUGGUCCUAGGUUGUCUUUUUUAAGUUUUCCAUUUUGUUAAAGAAAGUUCGAUUGUUUCCAAAUGAGAAUGUUUUGCGAAACUUUAUUAAUUUACUUAAAUGCUAUAACUAUCUAUACAUAUACAUAUACAUACAUACAUGCGUGGUGAUAUAAUUUUAAUUUUUCUUUUUAUGCUUUUAUUUCUUGGUGUUAACCGUAGGAUUCAAUAUGCUUGAACUCUACAACUGAGAAUGAAAUAAUUUUAAGUUUUUCUAUUAUCCAUACGAUUUGCUUAUGCUUAUGAAAUACCUUCAAUAUAAAUUAUAAUUUAUUAAUUUUUAGGCACACAUGAAAACAUUUUCAAGGCUUCAGUUUUUAUCUUUCACUUGCGGGCUACUCAAAAAACAAAAAAAAAAAAAUAUAAGAAAAAACACCAAACAAAAAAGUAAUACAACUUUGAGUUUUAUUCUAAUUUGCAUUAUCAAAAUGAAUACUUUUGCUCUGCUUCGAUGCUAAUUUUGUGAUAUUUGUAUUCAAAUUUUCUUUGUUGUGUAGUUCUUUGGGGCGGGAUCCUCCUAUUUUGGGUUAUAUUUUCCAUUUACUAUUUGUAGCCUUUCUUACUGCUAUUUGUUGCUUAACGUGUUGUGUUCAAUUGAUAUCAAAAGAAUUAACUUUCGAAAGAAAAAAGUACAUUCUAACUGAGGGAAAUGGAAAGAAAACGAGAACGAGAACGAAAAUACAAAUUACAAAAGUGAUUCAAGUUAAAAACUUAGAACUUAGGCACUCGUAUCACCCACAGCGAUGAACACGUGGACAUAACAAAUUGUAGUUGUUAACAUAGGCUUAAACAAAUAUAUAAUAGGAACCGAUUGAGCGCACAUACAUUAUACAUCGACACACUAAAUUGGCCAUCAGUUUUAACGGUUUUCAAAUUCAUGUCUUGGGAGCUAACUCAUUACAUAAGUGAUAAGAAUUCAAAAUUACAAUCUAGUUACUUUAGAAACACACCGGGCAAGCGGAUAUCCCACAUACACAUCCACAUCCACACACAAAGUACAAGCGCAAGCAAAAAUACAGAAUAUGUAUGAUCGAUCUAUGCAUAUAUCAUAAUUAAGUCAGGUUGCUUAGGUUUUAGAAUGGCUUUGUGUAAAAAGUACCGAGUAAAGCAAACAGAAUUCAAGGCGAAGCAGCAUUGAAAUAAGCACGACAGUUCCUCAGUGUUUAAUAUUGUAUAAUAAACAUAUUAAAUAUAUAUUUAAAACAAAAAAUGUAUACCUAAAUGUUACGGAUAUUGUAAAUGUGUGUGCUUUAUAUAAAUGUGCUUCAGAGAAAACAACUUUUAUAUACAUAACGAAUCUAAGCAAACUACCUCAAAACACGUUGGAAAUGAAGUUCAAGAUUCAUAUUCGAUGGAGAAGCAAAAGAAUUACAAUUUGAAAGUAAAUAUAAUUUAUAUAAUAAUAUGAAAAAAAAAACCAAGAGCCUGAUUCAUGUGUCCAUUUAAAGCAUAUAUACAUAUAUAUAUAUAUCUAUAUUAAUAACAGUGCAUAAUUAUGUAUUUUCAAAUUCUUUAAAUUAGGUAUAAUACAAAAAAAAUUCAAAUUAGAUAGUUGAUGCGCUCGACAAAGCCACGAAGAUCAGACAACGAAAGUCCUCUUGGCGAGUGCAUUACCAGAACCAAAAAUUGAAAACAAAAUGAAAAAGGUUUAAAAAGUCCAAGAUGGAACAAUUGAAACAAUACCAGAAUAUUAAUAAACAAUGAUGAAAACAAAAACAACUGUGUUGAAAAUUAAAAAUUUUGUAUGCAUACGCAUUAAGCGAACAUUAAAAAGAUGUGAAAACAUAACUAUUAUGUCUAAAUAAACACACGUCAGAUGUAUGUACGUCAACGGAAAACCAUUGUCUAUAUAUUACAAUUACUAAAUACAUACCAAAUUGAAUACAUAUUGAUGAAAAAUAAUAAAUACUGGCGAAAGCAAAAAAACG